AUGAGUUUCAAACAGCUUGUUCGCUUCCAGGAGAAGGGCAAGGCGCAUUAUGGCGACCUCGUCGAGUUUAAUGAUACUCAGGGCCACAAAGUCUCGAUACUUUCUGGUAAUCCCUGGGACGGCUUGAUUUCGACUGGCCAGACCAUAACGGUUUCCAAGCUUCUCGCUCCGCUCGAGCAUACCCCGAUCAUUGUUUGCGUGGGACUGAAUUACAGAAAACAUGCGACCGAGGCAAAUCUACAAGUCCCGACUUACCCCGUCAUCUUUACGAAGCCUAGUGACUCCCUUGCCGGUCCAUUUGAUGAUGUUCACGCGCACCCUGAUGCCCAAGUUCAGUUAGAUUAUGAGGGCGAGCUCUGCGUCAUCAUUGGUCGUGAUGCGAAGAAUGUUUCGGAGAAAGAGGCACUGGGCUAUGUUUUGGGAUACACGGCGGGAAAUGACGUGUCGGCGAGGAACUUUCAGCUUCCAUCCGCUUCAGGUGGGCAGUUCUGCUAUGCCAAGUCGUUCGAUGGCUUUGCACCUAUUGGGCCAGCCAUUUGGUCUCCUACUCUGGUGCCCGAUCCGCAGAAUCUCCAUUACAAGACAACAGUGAACGGAAAGGUUGUGCAGGAGACGGCGACGAGUGACAUGAUCUGGUCGGUACAGCAGAUCAUCGCGCAUCUAUCUCGGGGAACCACACUACGUCGAGGGACUGUAAUUAUGAUGGGGACCCCAUCCGGUGUUGGAUUCUUCAGCGGUACAUUCCUCCAAGACGGGGAUGUCGUCGAGGUUGACGUAGAGGGACUUGGGAAGAUUUCGAACCGCAUGGUCUUCGACUCUUAG